AUGCCAAUUGGAACUUCACGCUCCUCAGAUUUAUCACUAGAACUAGGCGAGAAAUGUGGUUGGCUAUUGAAGUGGACAAAUUAUAUCAAAGGAUAUCGUCAACGUUGGUUUGUGCUCGAUUCGUGUGCUAAUCUAAGUUAUUAUAGGAAUUCGUCUGAAGUAGGACAGUCAUGUCGCGGCAGUAUCAAUUUGCAAGAGGCUCGUAUUCAUGCAGACAAAGCAACGAACAGCUUGACAAUUUCUGCACCAUCACAAACAUUUCAUUUGAAAGCUCAAAAUGAAUUGGAUCACGACAAAUGGUUCCAUGCACUCGAAUGUGCUCGUCAUCGCGCUGUUCGUGAUGCUGAAUCAGAUGAAGAUGAUGAUAUUAAGAUGAGCGUAUCUGGUAACAGUGGUGCUGCAGCUAUAGAAACAAUGAAUCGAGCAAUUGCUGCCAAAAUUUUUGAUUUAAGAACAUGCAGCUCUCUUAUUUCGAAACAUGGAUCGGAACUUCUGAAAGCAAUGAGUGACCUAGAAAAGACCGGAAAAAUUAAAGCGUUGGCUGAACGCAUCAACUUAUUUAAAAUUACAACUGCUGCGAUGAUGAAAGCUUGCGAAGAAUUUGUCACUCUUACUGCUGAAGAAUCGAAAAAAGUUGGACGUUAUGCAGCAAAUGAACAUGAACAACGCCUCAGAUUGCAAGAUCAAUUAGAAGAGCUUGCGCAACAACAUAGUAAACUUGAACGUGUGGCAUAUCGUUCGACACACAAAGGCAGUGUUGCUUCAGAACCACCAUUUUUGGAUGCGGAAGAAGAAUUUCAUGAUGCAUAUGAUUAUGUUUCUGAUAUGCAUGAUGAUGGCAGAAAAUCUAGUUCUUCUCAGACUGAAUCUAUUGGUGAAGUGACAAAUUCGAAAUUAUUUAAUGCGGAAAUUAUUUAUCCAAAAAUAGUAAAGUCGGAAACCAGGUUAACCCGUUCUGCUCCAACAACCCAACAUUCACGACAGCGUCGUACCAAAAUACCCGAAAGACCACAAACUUCUAUCAGUUUGUGGUCUAUUAUGCGCAAUUGUAUUGGCAAAGAAUUGAGCAAAAUCCCGAUGCCUGUGAAUUUUAGUGAACCACUUUCUGUGCUACAAAGGAUUUCUGAGGAUCUCGAAUAUUCUUACUUAUUAGAUGAAGGAGCAGAAAAGGCAGAUUCACUUGAGCAAAUGUGCUAUGUAGCGGCAUUUGCAGUUAGUGCAUAUUCGACGACGGGUUAUCGUACAACGAAACCUUUCAAUCCUUUACUCGGUGAAACAUUUGAGUGUGAUCGAUUCGAUGAUCUUGGUUGGCGUUCUUUUGCCGAACAAGUAAGUCAUCAUCCACCAAUAACAGCACAUCAUGCUGAUGGCCGUAAAUGGACUUUGCACCAGGACUUCUCGAUGACAUCACGUUUUCGUGGAAAAUAUUUAUCAGUAACACCUGUCGGUUAUACAUAUGUUAAGUUUCUUGAUAGCGGAAAUGAAUAUUCGUAUAAGAAAGUUACUACCACAGUACAUAAUAUCAUCGUAGGUAAACUAUGGAUAGAUAAUCACGGUGAGAUGUUAAUUGAAAAUCACAAGACUGGUGAUAAAUGUGUCUUGAAAUUCCAUCCAUACAGCUAUUUUUCGCGUGAACCUCCGCGAAAGAUAGCUGGUUUCGUGAAAAAUCCAAUUGGGGAAGUUCACUGGCUUAUCCAAGGUAUCUGGGAUAGCUAUUUGGAUAUACUUAAGGUCACAAAUGAAGUUAACACUGGUGAGAAUGCACGCUUUGAGACGGAUACACCAAAUCGAAUCUGGACGAUCAAUUCAUCAAUAGAAAAUAGUGAGAAGAUGUAUUAUUUCACAAAGCUGGCAAUUGAAUUAAAUGAACCAGAAGAAGGUGUAGCUCCAACAGAUUCACGACUUCGUCCCGAUCAACGAUUAAUGGAAGACGGAAAAUGGAAUGAAGCAAAUGAAAUGAAAGUAAAAAUUGAGGAGAAGCAGCGUGCAGUUCGUCGAGAACGAGAAAUUUUAGCACAAAAAGCUUUACAAAGAGGUGAACCAUUUGAAGAAUAUAAACCAUUAUGGUUUAAAAAAGAUCAACACGAAGAAACGGGUGCUUUGAUACAUGUAUUUACCGGUGAAUAUUGGAAGAUGAAGAAAAUUGGUGAUUGGUCUAAAUGUCCGAGUAUAUUUUAA